CUAGUACAGUGCUACUCGCUCAUCACAGUAUAAAACCAAGAAGCGGAGCCCUCUGAACCUCAGAACCCCCAGAAACCCAAAACCCCAAGGCACUUAAUUCUUGGUUCUUCAAGCUCUGCAAUCUUGCUCAGGUGUUUGGGUAGAUUUGUUUGAACGAUACGAAGGAACAGAAAAUGAGCCAAAGAACUGGGAAAACUGAACCCAAUUUUUUGUCUUUAACCACUAAGUUUUGUGAUGGAAAUAUGAACACUAAGUGGGUAGAAAAGUUAUCUCAGAACAGUGCUAGUGUAGCCUCUCCGUCUGUGUCAUAUGGGUAUUGGAAUUCUGAACCCAAUCCUUUAUCUUUAAGCACUGGUUUUUGUGAUGGAGAUUUUGCUGAGAAAAGCAAGAAGUGGGUGGGAAAGUCAUCUAAGAGCAGUGCUAGUGUAGCCUCUCCACCUGCAACACAUGAGCAUCGGAAUUCUGAACCCGAUCCUCUGUCUUUGAGCUCCGGCAUACCUGAUGGAAGUAUUGCUGAGAAAAAGAAGAAGAAGAUGAUGAACAAGAAGAGGGUUGGAAAGUCAUCUCAGAGCAGUGGUGGUGGUGUAGCCUCUCCAUCUGUAUCACAUGGGAAUGAGGUUUCCGAAGAUUCAACAGUCCACAUUUCCAAGAAACUUUCGUCUCCUGAUCAUACCCAGUACAGCUUAUCAGUUGGAACGCAGAGUUCUGAUGACUGUUCAAAGAUAAGCAAACAAGGGUCUGAUGAAUUAAGCAGUACUAGUGUUGUUGAGGAUGUUGUAGUUCAGUGUAACAAGCAGGUUGAACUUGAAGAUUCCAAUAAUCGAAGCCACACAGGUUGCACUUACAAUGGAAAAGAAAAUAGGCAUUUUGGUUGGAACAGGAGGCAGUACAAUGCCAGGGAAGGACAUGUGAAUUGGGGGAAGAAACCAAGUUACAGAAAUGGUGUGAAAGAUAUUAACCCAGCAGAGAAUCGUUUUCCGGCUGAGCGUAGCUCAUUAGCUAAUGAUGGUAUCUUACCUUAUCCAUUGAUUUCAUCUGGAUACAACAAUGGAAAAGAAAAUAGGCAUAUUGGUUGGAACAGGAAGCAGUACAAUGCUAGGGAAGGACAUGUGAAUUGGGGGAAGAAACCAAGUUACAGAAAUGGUGUGAAAGAUGUCAACCUGGCAGAGAAUCGUUUUUGGUCUGAGCGGAAUUCAUUAGCCAAUGAUGCCAUCUCACCUAAUCCGUCGAAUUCCUCUGGACACAAAAAUGCUGCUUAUGGAUAUAGAAAAAGGGAUACCUCUCCAAGACUAUUGAAUGAAUCAUCACAGGGGGCUGCUUCUCCACAGAGGUUGAAUGGGACACUUUUUGUUUCAGUAAAAAGUCAAACGGAAGGCUCGGAAAGUGACUCUGAAAAAUUAGUAGGAAGAUCACCUAAUUCAAUUAAGCCUGUGAAUUGCAAUAUGAAAAAAGGACCCCGCAAUUAUGAAGCAGUCUUCUCUGAGUUACACGGUAAGUGUAAACAAUUGUCAAUGGGUUGUUUUGAUAUGCACGAUUACAAGAGAGAUGCUGCAGGAACAAAUGGCAAGCAGAUUGCAAGUCAUGGUGAUCGACACUGUAUAACCUCACCUUCCAUGUAUUCUAAAAUGUCUACUCAGGGAGUGAUGAAUGGUAUUCAACAACACAAAUUCAGGAAGAUACCAAGCAUGGAACAUGAGUUUGGUAAGUUGGUACAUGUAUCCUUGGACGGUAUACCAUGCUUUCAUACUGAUCAUAAACUUGAGAAAGAUACUUCUGGAGCAAAUAUUAUGGAGCAGACAGCUGUUGGUACAAAAGAGUUCAGGCCAGUGGACAGAAUUUCAUCUGCCAGUAUCUCCAAUGAGUUCAAUCUCUUACCAGAUUUAAGCAGGGAGUUAAAUAAUAGCCAUCUGGGAGGAAACGCAAUAUCCUGCAAUCAACUGAUUUCUUAUGAUGAUCCAGAGGUUUAUCAGUCUACUGCUGAAAUAGGUCAAAAAAUAGAAAGAAAAGGUUAUGAUGCAAAGAAUAGAGGACUAAAGGACCCUGACCAAUUUCUAAUUGGUUCAAAUAUGGGAAUGAAAGCUCUAAAUGCUGCUUACCAAAUGCAAUUAGCAUCUGAAACUGUUCAGCUCGCAAUGGGUUGUCCACUUGCAGAGUUUGAAACAUUCAUCCACUGCGCUGUUCCUGUUAUUCCUUCUUCGUCUGUACAUAAAGAAUAUUCUGUUUCCUUGGGUACUCAGCCAUCUCACAGUUUACUAUCCAAGGACCAGAUACCAAAUGUAUCACUUCACAGUGUUUGGAACUGGUAUGAGAUACCAGGGAAUUAUGGGUUGGAUGUCAAGGCAGUUUGUCCUAAAACCCUCACUGGCCUUCCAAAUGAUUCAAUGUCAUUCCAAGCCUAUUUUGUUCCUUCCCUUUCUGCUAUUCAAUUGUUUGGACCACACAUCCCUGGUUGCAAAAGAUCAUUUUCCAAUUCUUCAGAAGCAGUACAUCUCAACCAUAUUCGGGUUGGUUCAUUUGAUGUUGCCCUACAUGAUGGAAGUUGUGUUCAAAGUGUGGAUUGUUCACCUGUCUUCUCCUCUGAUGCUGAGCUCAUAUUUGAGUUUUUUGAGGUUGAACUGCCACACCACCGGAGGUCUUUUUACAACAAAAUUCUGGAGCUAAUUGGUGCUGGAACUUCUAAUCCUCAAGUAUUUGGUGACCCAUCAAAGCUCACUAGUCUGAAUUUGCCUGAUUUACAUCCUGCAUCCUGGUUUUCGGUGGCUUGGUAUCCUAUAUAUCAAAUUCCAGAAGGGCACCUACGCGCAUCAUUCUUGACUUACCAUUCACUUGGACAUUUUGUUCAGAGACCUGGUUCAACUGUUGCUCCAGGUUGCAUUUUCUUCCCUGUGUUAGGCUUGCAAAGCUACAAUUCUCAGGAUGAAUGCUGGUUUGAACCCAAAAUACCUUCUUCAGAACCGACAUCUUUUGACACCACAGGAAUUCUCAUAAAAAGGCUCAGGACGUUGGACGAAAAUGCUUUACAUUUCGCUAGAGGCUGGGUUUACAAGGACAAAGUCAUGGUGCAGAACAGACAUCCAGAUUACGAGUUCUUCACUUCCCGAAAAACACGUUACAAAUAGUUAUGCACGAUGAGUCAUGAAGAUCUGUAAUGGAUAAAAAGAAGAGGAAUACUGUAGUUUCUGUACUUGUCGUAGUGUUGCUGUUCCAUGUAAACUAGUGUAGUUGAUGAAGCUGAUUGGAGUCAUGUUACAAAAAGAAAUAUUCAUCUUUGUUUCAAAAAGAGAGGGUAAGUGACUAAGUGCCACGGGAGGAGACUUAUCUCCGUGGCCUUCUUUUUGUAGAUCUUUAACUAAAUGUGAAGAUACAUGUGAAAUCCAAAUCCUGCAAAGGAAGUGUUUGAUGCCUUUUAUUUCAUUAA